AUGCGUACCCCCUCGGAUAUCUCGGAGAUCUGUAUCCUGCCGAGUACAUACACAAACAUUAAUACUUACUCCCCGACCGGAAAUCAUAUUUCACUACACUACAUAUCGCCAGACCCCACCAACGGUCCGGGCUUCGACAACGACGGCAACGAAAUUGACGGCGAAGAAGACGGCAAUGGCUUGGGAGGCGAUGGCCCGGGCGGCGAUGGCUCGGGCGGCGACCGCGGCACCAACCGCGGUAACGUCGAGGCGGGCGAGCAGCGUGGUGCUGACGAGGAUGCAGUCCUCUCCGAGCGUAUCAACAAAGAAAUGACGGAUGAAGGAGGGGCAUCCGGUAGUGGUGUUCGUACGGCUGACUAGGGUUGGGGUUAACGGUGAUAGUAAGGCUGACUAAGUAUGCGGGAAGUCGCACAAGUAUUUUUCGGGGUCAUAUUCCGUAUCACAGCGCGAGACAUAGUGACCAAAAAUGGUUGGGUUCGUCCAGCCCAUGAGCCCAUGGAUGGUGUUUUUUCUUUAGUCGCACAGAUUUUCGGGCACAGCAUUAUGCCUGUACGUGUAUACUAGUGAUGUUUUCAGCAACGCCGUGGAUUCCGUGGAGAGCCGUUAGUUUGCAAAGAGAAAAAGAAGUACUAGACCUUCUUCAAUAUCAACGGAUGUGGCACUUCCUUACGCCAUGUAUUAUUGCUUUCUGUGCUCACCUACCUUGUGGGUGUUGCUUCUAAGUAACGAGGGCAUUUUUAGAGAGGGACAACACGUGAACGUGAACAACAUCGGCUGCGUUGUUCCCAGCAGCCUCUCUCCUGGAAGAGGCGCAUCGCCACAUCCUCCUGCACACUAAUUGUCCCCCACUUACUCACGGGGAAGUUCUCUGGCCGUCCCUCUCGAGGUUGUUCUUUGUAAUAAUCCACGGCGGAGAAAACAUUACCCAACCCGCCAGAGGAUUUUCACCUCCCCUCCUUCCCAGAGGUUACCGUUUUACCACCCCUCUAGAGGUUUGUUUGCAAUUAUCCACGGCGAGGGAAACAGUACCUAAUCCCCCAGAGGAUAGGUGAAACCAAAUCCUCUCAGAGGAUAGGUGAAACCAAAUCCUCUCAGAGGGUAGGUCAAACCAAAUCCUAUAGAGGAUUGCCCAAAAAAAAAAAGCUCUGACUUGGUAAAAAGGUUAUUCCCUCAGAGGAAAACCCCCCACCGAAUGCUCGGAGGAUAAAAGUCCGAAAUCCUCUGGAGGAAGUUGUAAUGUGUUCCCCGCGGAGUAUUUCUUCCGACGAUCCUCCAGAGGAUUUCGGGCAGUGAUCCUCCAGGGCUUUGCGGAGAGAGUGUGCGCUUUGCCACUGGAGAUCUACAUAUUCGAUGAGGUUGAUGGGGUAGACGAAAUGAAUACACGUUGCGGCGAAUUGGAAACAGUUAUAGUCAUUUGCAUGCUCCGGAUACACGCGGACACACGCGGAGAGGAGGUAGUGUUUUCCUGAGCAUUUGGGAUGGGUGGAGUUGAUGGAGCGAUGGGGUGCCGGCGUGCAGCGUGUGGGAUGUGUGCGGGCGCUCGAGGGAGAGGGGGGGAGGGUUGGGCGGGACUGCGUGGUUGUUUCUGAAAUCCUUUCGCCCGCCUACAUGCACGGAUCAACUGAUUUUGGGUGAGCGGCCGAGUGACGUUCUUUUUUUUGCUGAACCUGAUGAAAGUACCCUGCUGUCUCACAUUAUGUUUGUAGCUCUCUUGGAAGAGCAUGCCAUGCGCGAGAGUAUUUUCCCGAUUUUUUCUUACAAAACAGGUUUGGCGUUCGGUACUGUCGAGGUCCUCUGUGUUGGUUUGUAUCUUCAUGGCAUUCUUUUGGACAUCGGAUUCAAGAUUGACAGAUAGAUAUAAAAUACAUGCUGCAGCAGUGUUUUUGGUUCUAUGGUCGAUUGGAUUUUCGUGAUGUUCGUUGAGUAUUGAAAUCAAGACCGGCCGACAGGAAGUACUUCAGAGUUUUUGGUUUAAUGGUGGGUUGGAUUUUCGUGAUAUUCUUUUGGACAUUGGAAUUGAAGGUUGACCGAUAGGAGAUACUUUCAAGUGUUUUUGGUGUAAUGCUCGGUUGGAUUUUCUUGAUGUUCGUUGAAUGUUGAGCUGAAGACUGGCCGAUAGGAAAUACUUUGAAGUGGUCUUGUUGGUUCAAAGGUCUUCGUGUUGUUUUGAGGAUGAUGCACGGAGUAGAAGAAGAGCAUUUAUUUUUGCAAUCAUGAUGAUAAUUUGAUAUUGGGGAUUUCGAAUUCAUGAGCAACCGAUGGAUUCUUGGUUGUUUUCCUGGCUGAAUGGUUGCAACCGAUGGAAUGUCAAUCAGUGUAUGUAUCUGGUUUAAUGGUUUUUCAUGUUUUUAUCAUUGGAGAUUCUGGAUACAAUGGAGACCGAUGGAGGUUCUGG